AUGUUCCGAACAGCUCUGAUCCGCACUGCGGCCGUCGCAUCCCGCGCCGCUGCUCGACCCGUCGCCCGAGCUGCUGUUGUCCCUUUCAGACCUGCAUUUGCACCCGCCCCAAGAUUCGCCGCCAUCAAUGCCGCGCGGAUGUACUCUGCCGCCAGCGGGCUGAAGAAGGAGGAAGUUGAGGGCCGGAUCAUGGGUAUCCUGCAAGGUUUCGACAAGGUCAACGACCCGAGUAACAUCAAGCCCACCGCUCACUUCUCGAAUGACCUUGGUCUGGACAGCUUGGACACAGUGGAGGUCGUCAUGGCGAUAGAAGAGGAGUUCAGCAUUGAGAUUCCCGACAAGGACGCGGAUGCUAUUCACAGUGUCAACCAAGCCGUUGACUACAUCGUCAGCCAGCCUGACGCGAACUAA